UUUCUUUCAUUAGAAAUAGUUUUAUUGAAAAUUUUAAUGCGUUCUAUUUUCCAAGCAGUCGCGCAGCUAACUGAGCUUCUGAAAACGACGCUCUUCACUCUUUCGUGUUUUUAGUAUUUGAGGUCGUGAGUUUUACUGUGUAAACAUGGAAUUAGCGUCCUAAGACUCUGUAUGGCUGUUGUACCCCAAAGAUAAGCUAUGGCACAAGACAAAAAAGAACAGAAAUCAGAGUUGCGUCAGAAAACAUUAAGACCGACAGCUGACAGAAAUAAUGAUUUGAAAAGGCGAGAGAAGAGAGAAAAGGAAAAUGCGCCAACUAAGGUUGUAGUGAGACGUCUGCCACCGAGUCUAAGUCCAGAAGAGUUCUUGGAACAGAUCGCUCCCGUCCCAGAGCAUACGGACUUCUAUUUCUGUAGGCCUGACAUGAGUUUGGGGUCCAAUGCAGUGUCAAGAGCUUACAUCAACUUUGCCAAAUUUGAGGACAUUUGCUUGUUCAGGGAAAAAUUUGAUGGUUAUGUGUUUUUGGAUUCCAAAGGUAAUGAAUACCCAGUUGUGGUGGAAUUUGCACCGUAUCAAAAAUGUGCCAAGAAAAAAGCAAAGAAACCAGACCCUAAGAAAGGCACAAUAGAACAAGAUCCAGAUUAUAUAAAGUUUCUGGAGAGCUUGGAGAACCCAGAAGAUGCACCUGCACAAACCAUAGAGAACUUAGUGGAAGAGAUUGAGACCAAGGAAAGAGAACAGAAAGCCUCAGCUGGGGUGAAGUCCAGCACACCAUUGUUAGACUACUUGAAGAGGAAGAAAGAGGAAAGAAGAGCAGCACUGCAGAGAAUGAGAGAAGAGAGGAAGAGGAAAGAACAAGAAAAAAAAAAUGAGGACCAUGAUAUCUUUCUUCAGAAAUUACAGAUUGAGAUGUUUCUGAAGGCUCAGCUGCUUAAGAACCCAGACAGAGACAAAGGCAGAGACAGUGAGAAGUAUGGGAGGAAUACAAAGGAAGACAGGCCAGGUCAGGAGAAGUCUCCUGUCAAGGAGACCAGCAACAGUAGACCACAGAGUGGGAAGGAGCGGGACAGGGAAAGAAACAGACCAGGCAGUUCCAAGAAAGACUCCGAAAGGAAAGAUUUCAAAGACACAAAAAAGGAUGAGAAGCUGACAGAAAAGGAAAAAUCUGAUGCUACACAACCUGGCCCUAAGGAAGAUAAAUCAAAGCCAGUUCCUCAAACCAAGAAGGACGAGAAACCUUCAGAAGCUUCAGAAACCAGAGAGGGUAACAAAGGUGCUACAGAUAUGGCUGCCAAGCGUAUUGGUGAUGAAAAUAGUAAAGGAAGCGACAGCUCGGGAAAGGAGGAGGGAGCAGGCGAGAAAAAGGAGAGACGACGUUAUAAGGAUCGCCCAGAGCGUGCCAUCUAUGUCCCUGGCAGACGGCGUCAAGAAAUAGAGAAGCAAAAGAAGGAACCUGAAGGUCAAGGUCAAGGAGAAAGCUAG